AAUCCCAUUAAAACUGAGAAUUCUCAGUGAAGAAAUCCACCCUUAGAGUCUGCAAGAAGCUUCUCUUUGCUAUAUAAAGAAAUGCGAAAUGAAGCCGACCCAUCUUUUCUGGAAACUUGAGUUUUAUGCUUGUUCGGGUUGAUUCUGAUCAAUCAAAACCCAAUUUAGCCGCGAUGGUCCUCAUCAAAAUUCUAUCUUUGGCAGCCCUCUUACUUCAUUGUUCGCUAGUAGUUCUAUCCGCCACAGACCCAGAUGAUCUUGCUGUCCUAAAUGAACUCAGGAAGGGCUUAGAGAACCCUGAGCUCUUGAAUUGGCCUGAAAAUGGCGACGACCCGUGCGGCCCCCCUCUCUGGCCUCAUGUCUACUGCUCGGGCUCUCGGGUCUCUCAGAUCCAAGUCCAGAAUUUGGGCCUAACCGGCCCAUUACCUCAGAGCUUCAACAAGCUCUCGAUGCUCUCCAACAUUGGGCUCCAAAGGAACAAUUUUUAUGGAGGCUUGCCGUCUUUCGCUGGACUGUCGAAUCUACAGUUUGCUUAUCUCGGCGGCAACCGGUUCGAUACAAUCCCUUCGGACUUCUUUGUUGGGCUCACUAGCUUGCAGGUUCUGUCCUUGGACGAUAGCCCCUUGAAUAAGAGCACUGGUUGGAGUUUGCCUAAGGAUUUUGAGAGUUCAGCUCAGCUCACAAAUCUCUCAUUGAUUGGAUGUAAUCUUGUCGGCCCGCUGCCGGAGUUUUUGGGGGGAAUGCAGUCAUUGAGGGCGCUCAAGCUUUCCUAUAAUAAUCUCUCUGGGGAGAUUCCGGCGAGCUUUUCGGGCUCAAUGCUGCAAAUUCUCUGGCUCAACAAUCAGAAUGGAGAUGGGUUGAGCGGAGAUAUCAGUGUAAUCUCGUCUGUGGCUUCGUUAUCCGAUGCUUGGUUACAUGGAAACUCAUUUACGGGUUCGAUCCCUAGUGAAAUUGGGGAAUGCACUUCGUUGACGAGGCUCUGGCUCAAUGACAACAAGCUUGUAGGCCUAAUUCCUGAGAACUUGGUAUCUUUGCCGCAGCUAGAGUCAUUGCAGUUGGAUAACAAUAGGUUAAUGGGUCCAAUUCCGAAGGUUAAAUUCAACUUCACGUAUGCUGACAAUUCAUUUUGCCAGUCAAUUCCUGGGGUCUCUUGCUCGCCGGAGGUCUCUGCGCUCUUGGAUUUUCUCGGCGGUGUGAACUAUCCGGAGGCUUUAACUUCAUCUUGGUCUGGUAAUGAUCCUUGCUCUAUGUGGUUGGGUGUAUCUUGUUCUAAUGGUAAAGUUUUUAUCAUUAAUUUGCCUAAUUACAAACUAAAUGGAAGUAUAAGCCCUUCGAUUGGCAAACUAGGCUCCCUUGCUGAUAUUAAGCUUGGGGGUAACAAUUUGAUUGGCAAAAUCCCCGAUAACCUGACAAGAUUGAAAUCUCUAAGGAUGUUGAAUGUUUCUGCAAACAAUUUAAGGCCUCCUGUUCCUAAGUUUGGCAAUAGCGUGAAGCUUCUUAUUGAUGGAAAUCCGCUGCUGAAUCCAUCUAGUGAAUCUCCAGUAGCUCCUCCUCAUAACAAUCCAUCAUCAGAACCUCCAAUAACUCCUCCUGGUAAUAAUCCAUCGUCACCGGAUUUACCUUCACCUUCAAGGUCACCGGAUUUACCUUCACCUUCAAGGGGGUCCACUUCAUUGCACAGGCCUCUUGCACCCAGUGGAAGUCCAGUUGUCGGUAAUAAUUCUUCUUCCCCUAGUGGUGGAGAAAGCAAAACGAGAGAUGAGAAAAGAAGAGAGCCAAAAAGUUUGAGAAACUCGAAACUUCUGAUACUUGCAGUUCCAGCCAUAAUUGGGGUCUUGAUGGUAUCACUAGUUGGUUUACUGUUUUGUUGUCGACGAAGGGGCAACAAUAGCAGGCUUAAGGCACCAGGCACCAUUGUUGUUUACCCUAGAGAUCCAUCCAAUCCCGAUGAUAUGCUUAAGAUUGUGGUUGCAAAUAAUAAUGAUACUAGCUCUUCAGCAAGUGAUUUGAAGAGUGUGAGCUAUAGUACCACGAGCGAAGCACAAAUGAUUGAGUCAGGAAAUUUUAUGGUAUCGGUCCAAGUUCUUCGUAACCUGACCAGAAAUUUUUCCACUGAGAAUGAAGUUGGUAGGGGCGGAUUUGGAGUCGUUUACAAAGGAGAACUUCAUGAUGGAACGACGAUUGCAGUGAAAAGAAUGGAGGCUGCAAUGACAACCAACAAGGCUUUUGAUGAGUUCAAGGCUGAGAUAGCUGUUCUUUCCAAAGUUCGUCACCGAAAUUUGGUAUCUCUUUUAGGCUACUCAAUUGAAGGCAAUGAGAGGAUUCUUGUGUACGAGUAUGUGCCGCAAGGGGCCUUAAGCAAGCAUCUGUUUCAAUGGAAGCACUUGAAUUUGGAGCCUUUGUCUUGGAAAAAGAGGCUAAAUAUCGCGUUGGAUGUUUCUCGUGGAUUGGAGUACCUUCAUAAUUUGACUCACCAGUGUUUUAUACAUAGAGAUCUGAAAUCGUCAAAUAUUCUUCUUGGUGAUGAUUAUCGAGCCAAAAUUUCGGAUUUUGGAUUGGUGAAAUUAGCGCCCGAUGGGAAGAAUUCGGUGGCAACUCGACUCGCUGGAACAUUUGGAUAUCUGGCUCCAGAGUAUGCUGUGACGGGAAAAAUCACAACGAAAGCAGACGUCUUCAGCUUCGGAGUAGUCCUAAUGGAACUCAUAACCGGUCUAGCUGCAUUGGAUGAAACUCGUUCUGAAGAAAACCAAUAUCUAGCUUCAUGGUUCAUCGACAUAAAAUCCAACAAAACUACACUCAAAUCCGCCAUUGACCCAUCAAUCGAAGAUACAGAGGAAACUUUCGAGAGCAUCUCCAUAAUCUCCGAGCUUGCUGGCCAUUGUGCAGCACGAGAGCCUCAUCAAAGACCAGAUAUGGGCCAUGUAGUUAGUGUGCUUUCUCCUCUUGUCGAGAAAUGGAAGCCGAUGAAAGAUGAUGAAGAGGGUCUCGUGGGGAUUGAUCUUCAACAGCCGUUGCUUCAAAUGGUUAAAGGUUGGCAAGCUGCUGAUGGUGGUGAUAAUAGUGUUGGCUCGAGUUCGAAUGGGCUUGAUGAUAGUAAAGGGAGCAUACCGGCGAGGCCUCCUGGAUUUGGGGAUUCUUUCACUUCUGCAGAUGGCCGGUGAGUUAUAUGCUCUUUUAUUUGCUCCAUAAUUAUGGUUUGAUCUAUGUUUUUUUGUUUAUGAAUGUAGAUAUAGAGGGUGUUUGCAACUUGUUUGGUUUGUUCUUUGUGUUGCUGUCGUAGUUUUUGGUGGUCAUGUUUGUUUAGUUUGGUUUCUGAUGUAGAUAGAGAAAUAUCAAAUAUGUGUUGCGAAAUUUUGUUACUGUGAAUUAUUUUAGUUAAAAGCAUUUAUGAUUGAGUACGUGCUAUUUGUAAUUC